CAAAACAAACGUUUUACUAAAAUUGUAAAUCGGCUAACUAAACGAGUGUUUUCUAAUUUGUACAGCAAAAGUAAGCUUGAAUACAGUGACAAACCGGUUACGCUGUAUCCUAUAUGUUCGGAACUAGUCUUGCCGGUUGAAGUGUGGCAUUUUUGUUUUAUUUCACCUUGAACGUCGAACAUCGCCACGGGCUGUUCCUGUUGUCUACUAAAGAGCCGCGAGCCGACCCAGGAUGGCAAAUGAUAGGGAAAUUUUGCGUGAAAUUUGGGAGGGUAAAAUUCCGAUUCACUUUCAACUGUCGUCGGACGAAACGGACGUGACGCCGGAGGAGUAUUUUCUGCUGAUUCCCAGACUAAGUUACUUUCCGCUGGUGACUGAUAAGGUGCGGAAGCAUUUUUUGAAGUUUGUAUCCAAUGAGUUGCAGGAUGGAGAGAUGUGGCUGGACAGUAACGGAACUCCACUUAAGUGGCACUACCCAAUAGGAGUGCUGUUUGAUCUUCUAGUCGGCAAUGAAGCCAUCCUGCCUUGGCACAUCACAGUCCACUUUUCCAAGUUUCCCGAAGAUGUCCUAUUUCGGUGUCCAAAUAAAGACAUUGUCGAAUCACAUUUUAUGUCUAGUCUGAAGGAAGCGGACGUGCUGAAACACCGCGGCCAGGUGGUUUCAGCGAUGCAGAAAAAGGACCACAACCAGCUCUGGUUGGGAUUGGUAAACGACAAGUUCGAUCAAUUUUGGGCCGUCAAUCGCAGACUGAUGGAACCUAUUCCGGAUCAGGACGGUUUCAAGCACAUUCCAGUUCGAUGUUAUGCCGAGGACGGCACUUACCAGCAAAAGCUAGUCGCGCCCAGCACCGAAACGGGCCAGAAACGCACCCUGCAGGACUUACUGGAAGACUUCUCGACACCUGUCCGGAAAGCAGUGGAAGCACGGACACACGGGGUCACCGUUCCGGAAAAUACUCCUCUCCAGUGGCUUUCGGAACACCUUAGCUAUCCGGAUAAUUUCCUACAUCUUUGCUUGAUCAUGGCUUAGACAAGCUCCUCGCAUUUUUUUUCCUGAAUUUCAGAACUGUGACAGCGACGACGACGGCGGCGGGUAAGUCUCAGGAAUCGAACACUCAGCAACGAUUUAGAACUGUAUUGGGGAUCAUCGAAAAUUGACAGCAAAUUCGAUUAGUCGCUUCACACUCUCGGCUACAAAUCGCUCUUGUACCGAGUACGAAUAUUUCACACAGCACAGCAUAGACUUUCUUAUUGGACAUUUAAUCAUUUGUAUGUAUCUGUAUGUAUAUGUAUUAAUAGUCAUAGUUGGGACUCACAGCGGAUAUUUAGUCUGUAAGCAUAUAAUAAAAUACUGUAAAAGUCAUCUAAACUAAAUUAUGGCUUGCUUUUGUACGUGGUGCUGAUCCCGUAAUCUCACUCUCGCCGUUAUGCUUUUGUGAUAGACAGAGACGAGAAGGAAGAAAAAGAAGAAGAAACUAACCGAAAUGAGUAAUAAACUGAAACCAUCACCAU